AGUAUCUUCAUAUAUCAUUAAACCUGAUGAUAUCAUAUCGGUUCUUGGUUCUUUCCAAGCCGAUACCUCAUAUCCAAGUAAUUUAAAUCGUGUGUUACAGCCUCGUGAAAUAUCAAUGCUCGUUGAAUAUUUAUCCAACUAUUUACGAUUUGUUGCUAAUGAUGCGUCAAAUGUUAUCGAUGUUAUCAAGCAUUUACCAAUUUUUUCCGAAGUUGGCAAUGCUACACCAAUUUCGUUAAUCGGAAAUCAAAAUUGGUAUCUUCUUCCUUAUGGUGAAAAUAAUUCAUAUGGCGAAAUCAUCUAUCCAAGUGAAAGAGGAAAAUUUCUUAAUUCGGCUUCACCAAAUUUGCGUUAUAUAUUGGAAGAUAUUAUUAAAGUUCCUCGAUUGGAUUCAUACAACUACUGGCAAAAUUAUGUUAUACCGUUUCUCAAGUCACAACCACAAAGGGACAUUGACAUUAUAAUUGACAAACUACUUUUUGAUAAAUCACCAUCCCUACUUAAUGAAUUGAAGGAUUCCCUUGGAGAGACUUCUUUCAUACCUGUUGGUACACUUGAAAUGUCACAGCAAAAACUUAUUUCUUCAAACAUAAAGUUGGCUAACCCAACAGAACUAUUUGAUCCGGAAGAUGAAGCAAUAAUCAGUCUAUUUUUUGAGGACGAACAUGUCUUUCCUACCGGCAAAUACGGCGACCCUAGAUAUUUCUCAAGUUUGAAAUUUUUGGGAAUGAAAUCAAUUCUUUCUCCUAAUGAUAUAAUUUCUCGAAUUAACACGAUCGUAACAAGAGUUCAAAAUCCUGCAAUUGAUGAUGAUUUAAUUCGUACCAAAGCGUUGAACCUAUUUAAAUAUCUUGACGAAAGAUGGGAUCAAUUGAAUGAUAAUAGUUAUGAAUUUAUGUAUGCUAUUUUACGAAAUGAAUGGAUCCCUACUAUUGAUAAUUCUGGGCGUCAUAUCUUUUCGAGACUUAAAAAUUGUUAUUGCAAAAAGUAUAAAAAUCUAGUUGGUUUGAUUGCACCAACUCUGGAUUAUGAUGCCAGUAAUUACGAAUUUUUAAAAAUUUUAGAGCAACCCGAUAUUAAAAUGGUUCUAAAACAGUUGGAAAUUUGUUAUAACGGUUUAGCAAAACAUCAGACACCAGAUGAGUUGAAAAUCAUUUGUAACGCGAUUUACGAGUAUAUGAAUAAACUUUUCCAUAGAAGAAAUUUCCGCCUUAUUAUAAAACUUGAAUUAGAACAUAAACCGUGGAUAUUUUAUGGAAAUCAAUUUUAUACAAUUGAUAAAAUCUUCACUCGACUUCCAAACGAAUUUAAGGAUAAUGGCUCAUUAAUUGAACUUCCUUUAGAAUAUGCAGUUCAGUUUGGGUCCAUGUUCAAAUCCAUGGGAGUUCAAGAUGAAAUCGGGGUCAACGGUUUGAUUUUGAUUAUUAAUAAUAUGGUGAAGGGGGACGAGAAUAGAAUUUUAUCAACCAAGGAAGUACAAAAGGUCAUUCAAUUUCUUGAACGAAUUGCAACGUUACAAAUGGAAAAUAGAAGAGAAGGAAAGAGUCCUGAAAGUUUGGACGGACUAUUAAUUCCAAGUACUGAUAACAAACUCGUUAACUU